GGUUGCUCCAAAUCUUGGGUCACCUCGGAGUCGGUCAGGAGGCGGCAUGUUGAAGUACGUACCUCGAUCCUUCCCGGCACGGGUGCUUGCAGAAACUCUAUCUUCACCGCCUUGAUCAGAUGAUGGAUGAUUUUUGGUUUAUGGCAGCGAUCUGGAUAAGUUAUAGUUGCUGAAGCGCUUCAACUUGGCUCUCUUAGUUGAUUUUGAAUGCUGCAAUUGUGGAAAAGGAGCUGGUACGACUGUAUCAGCAGCCAACCAUCACCGCCACCAUGUCUGGAUUCAACAGUUCAGGGGUUCUCUCCACCUCCCCUAUUCGGAUCCUCUUCCCAAUCCUCUUGGUCUUUAUGUGGUAUCUCGGUCGUUUGCACUCUCAAUAUGAGCCCGUCAUCACAUCCAAGUUCUCCUCCAGGCUUGAGGAAACACGAAAAUUGAUUCCCAACGUCAAAUUAGACUGGCCAACUCCACCCACCAAAGAUCCUCGAGCCGCUUACAACUCGUCUAAGCUUGCUCUUCUCAUCGAAGCCAGGCCAAUACCUCACCUUUCCCCUCUGAUACUACACAUGAUAACGGUGGUGCCACCUGACUGGCGAUUCCUCUUUAUCGGCUCGCGCGAGAGUAUUCACAGCGUCAGUCAAGCCUACUCGAUCAAGCACCAGCAGGUCAUUGGUAAGCUGGAUUUGAUGCAACUUCCUUCUCCAUGGAGUGCCGCCAGUAAAGAGGAUGUUUUCAGGCUGCUUACCGAUUCGAGAUUUUAUGAUGAGUUCCUGCCAGGCGUAGAGUGGGUCUUGAAAUAUGAGCAUGACAGCAUUCUAUGUGCAAACUCGGAGACAAGUUUGAAUGACUGCCUUGACUGGGAUUGGGCUGGUGUGUCGCGCAUCGAUGACGACAGUUUCUCUGGCAAUGGGGGCGCCUCUCUCCGUAGAGUAUCUGUGAUCAAGCGAAUUCUCAGCUUCCAGGCACGUUUCAACGAUUCAGAACCUGAAGAUGAGUGGUUCAGAAAACGUCUAUGGGCGUUGCCAGGAGCUAAAGUCGCAUCCAAGCUAGAUGGUGCCAUUGCCGUUGAAGGUGUCUACGUGGAGAGACCCAUGGGCUAUCACGUUCGUGAGGGCGGGGGAAACUUGAACGAAGAGAUAUGGGGGGACGCAGCUCGCCGAAGGGAAAUACUCGAAUACUGCCCAGAGCUAAGGAUGAUUAUGGAUAUGAAGCUAGAGCGGGAGAGAUGCCCGGAUGAUAAUGGCAAUGGGGAUAGAAAACUCUCUGAUGUUGAGGUAAUAACCACAGUUCGGGAGGGAAAUGGAGACGCCAAGACAAUGCCGAAUGAUAUCGAGGUUAUAGUGCGGCCACCACAACCUCCUCCUUUGCCACAGCCUUGGAGGGCUUCUAUAACCACAGUAGCGGCUUCAAUCACUACAGUAGGAGCUUCUGUCACCACGGUUGGAGGCCCUCUUCGUACUGGUAUAGAUUAGAGGCGGGGAGAUUACCAUGUGUUCAUAUACGCAGCUGAUGAGCGGUUUCAGAGCAAAUUAGUUCAAGCACGAAUCUCAUUGAAUUGAUGGC